AAUCCUUUCAGGGUUAAUGACUGUUAACUCCCAGUCUGACCCAAGAAAUGGGCUUCUCACAGGUUCCCCUUUCCACACCCUUUCCCCUCUGCCCAGCGCCCCAUUAGAGGGCCCCCCUAACCCCCAGAACCAUGCUCUUGUCCUCCCCUGAUGAUACUUGCCUUUAGAACAGUCACUGCCACCAGUGAGUAAGAGGCUUAACUCCUGGGAAGGCUUUACAUUUAGACAAACUUGUGAACCUGAGGACACAGUCUGGGGCAGGAAGGGAUCAAAUCUAACAGCUGCCGGGACCUGCCUGCCUUUCUUUCCUGUCCAGCUGAAGUCAUUCGAACACUGUUUUUUUCGUUCCUGGCAAGAAAAUGUGGUCUACACGAUAGCCAGUAACUACUGAUUAAAUUGUCCCAUGUUAAUACAGCAUACGGUAGGGCUUUGUCGCAGCGGGGAAGCUCUGCAGAUACCGAGGAGAGGAGCGGAAGAAGAAAGCCGGCGCUUUUGCUUUCUUUUCUUUUUCUCUUUCUCUGAGCUGACAAUUCACAGGUUUGAACUGGGAGACAUCUGUUUCUUUUGACAGUAACUCAGGAACAGCAAUGGACCAACACGAAUGUGAUCACUCCGGACUGUAUAUAAAGAACCAAGGUGCCAGAGAAUCAAAACUGAGAAUCAUUCUGGUGGGCAAAACAGGAACUGGCAAAAGUGCCACAGGGAACAGCAUCCUCAGGAAGCAAGCAUUUGAGUCACGGCUGGCUGCACAGCCCUUCACUAAGACUUGCAGUGAAAGCCAGGGAAGCUGGGGAGAGAGAGAGAUGGUCAUUAUUGACACACCAGAUAUGUUUUCUGAGAGGGACCACUCUGAUUCCCUGUACAAAGAGGUGGAGAGAUGCUACUUACUCUCUGCACCAGGACCACACGUGUUGCUCCUGGUGACCCAGCUGGGCCGAUUCACCACCCAGGACCAGCAGGUUGUGCAAAGGAUGAAGGAGAUCUUUGGAGAAGAUGUCAUGAGACACACAAUUGUCCUCUUCACCCACAAGGAAGACCUCAAAGGAGAAUCCUUGACAGAUUACAUCCUCGACAUAGAUAACAAAGCCUUGUGCAAGCUGGUGGCAGCAUGCGGGGGUCGAGUGUGUGCUUUUGACAACCAUGCUACAGGGAGUGAUAGGGAUGACCAAGUGAAGGAGCUAAUGGCCUUGAUGGAAGACCUGGUAUUGGAGAGAAGGGGUGAGCACUACACCAAUGGGCUCUACGGCCUAGUAACAGAAUGUGAAUCUGUGUGGUCAAGGGAAAGGUUAAAGGGUUUCAGAAGAGAUCUUAUGAAGUACAUGGAAAAUCAGAGAUGUUACUCCACCACAGCCAAAGAAAAUUAUCUGAAACAAGCCCUAAUCAGAACCCUGGUCUUUAUUUUAUAUUUUAUUCAUUUGUUUGUCAAAUUGCUAAUUCUGUUAUUUUGUGUAUUGUAUAGAAUGUGCAUCUUGUUUUGCUGCUUUCUUUUUAGUGUAUGCUGUUUGUUCUGUAGCCUACUAUUAACGAUAGCCAAAACAUUAAUGAUAAUUUUGAAAAAGAUCACUAGACUGGAAGGCAAGACUCGUACAUUAUAGUUACAGGUCAGUGAUGGUUUAUUCAUGGCCAGAUACUGGGUGAAUCCAACUGCCUCCUCUGUAAGACACAGUGCCUAACAUCAUUAAAUGUUUGCAAUUCUGUUGUGUUUAAAUCUUAACAUCACUCUAUUGAUGAACCAAGUUCUUUUAAAAGAUACUGUCUGUUUUGGAAUACAGUAUGAAAACCUUUUGAAGGCUAUAAACACAAGAUUCCUCUCAUUUGCAAAUCUCUAAAGCCAGUUUUAUGUUCCUGGAAACUUGUUUUCUUCUUUAUGAUACUCCUAUUUCUACUGAAUAUAAUAAAAAUAACAAUAAAAUUUC